GCUGCAGCCAAUCACUGCCGACCGUCUUUGGGGGCGGGGCCAAGCGUUUUGUUCACUUCCUGAUUAUCAAUAAAGUUUAUGUUGAUGGUUCCGCGCAGUACAAACAUGGGUGCUGUUACAGAUGAUGAAGUUAUACGGAAACGUCUUCUUAUCGACGGCGACGGGGCUGGAGAUGACCGAAAAAUUAAUGUGCUCCUGAAGAGUUUCAUCAAAUGGUGCAACUCGCCCGGGACUCCGGAGGAGGGGUUUACGCAGUAUCAAAGGAUGUUGGGCACACUGGCUCAGUGUGAAUUUUCCAUGGGGAAAACGUUGAUGGUUUACGACAUGAAUCUUCGAGAAAUGGAGAAUUAUGAAAAAAUCUACACUAACAUAGAACAAAACAUCACGUCGGCACAUGAGAAAAUAGCAGAAUGUAAAAAAGAAAUUCAGAGGGCAAAGAGGAUACGAAAGAAUCGCCAAGAGUACGAUGCUCUAGCCAAGGUUAUCCAGCAACACCCUGACCGCCAUGAAACACUAAAGCAGUUGGAAGCUCUUGACAAAGAACUCCAGCAGCUCUCUCACAUCAAGGAGAAUGUGGAUGCAAAGUUGGAGCUGAGAAAGAAGCAGUUCCACGUGUUGCUCAGUACUAUACAGGAACUACAACAGACCCUUGAGAAUGACGAGAAAUCCGACAAUGACGAUGCCAAUCAGGAGAGCCCCGCAGAGAAUGGAGAAUGAACACAAAGAAGGCUGGAAUAGAUGUAGUGAACCGGUUUUAAAGUAGUUUAGUUGUCUAAGAAUACCUUUUAUAUGUAUUUUUGAAUAAAGCUGAAUAGUCUGCA